AGAGAGAGAGAGAGAGAAUCUGGGCUCAUCGAUUGUGCAUCUAACUCCUCCCGCUCCUACACGCAAUCCACAGGGAGCCUAUAUAAGCUCUGACAGUUGUCAAGUGGGGGACACUGGCUGUUUGCACUCGGGAGCGACGCAAUUUUGGGAGAUUUACAGCAAUAGAUACACAGAAAUACCCAAAUAGUAACAAUGUCUCAUGCAUGGGGAUACGCACCGGACAAUGGACCCGACAAAUGGUGUGAAGGCUUCCCAAUUGCCAACGGACCCCGUCAGUCUCCCAUUGACAUCGUACCUGGGGAGGCUGCCUUCGACGCAGCCUUGAAGGCGCUCACUUUGAAGUACGACCCUUCCACCUCCAUUGACAUUCUCAACAACGGACAUUCCUUUCAAGUGACCUACGCCGACGACAACGACAACUCAACUCUGACAGGGGGGCCCAUUUCAGGGACGUACAGGCUAAAGCAGUUCCACUUCCACUGGGGUGCCAGCGACGACAGGGGUUCUGAGCAUACCGUGGCCGGGACCAAGUAUGCUGCCGAGCUCCACCUGGUACACUGGAACACAAAGUACCCCAGCUUUGGUGAUGCUGCUAGCAAGUCUGAUGGCCUUGCUGUUGUAGGAGUCUUCCUCCAGGUUGGAAAUGAAAAUGCCAAUCUUCAGAAGGUCCUUGAUGCUUUUGAUGCCAUUAAAGCCAAGGGCAAGCAGACCUCUUUCGAGAAUUUUGACCCCACCAUCCUGCUCCCCAAGUCCCUAGACUACUGGACUUACGACGGCUCUCUGACCACACCCCCUCUGCUGGAGAGUGUCACCUGGAUCGUCUGCAAGGAGUCAAUCAGCGUCAGCCCUGCCCAGAUGGGCAAAUUCCGGAGCCUGCUUUUCUCUGGAGAGGGCGAGGCCGCCUGCUGCAUGGUGGACAACUACCGCCCCCCUCAGCCCCUCAAGGGCCGCGCUGUGCGUGCAUCCUUCAAAUAAAUCCCCCCGCCCCCAAUCCACCCCCCCCCCCCCCCUGCUUAGUGAGACACCCAGGCGUGCCUCCCCUGUAGUAAGACUCAGAGCACAUGUACUGUAUGUCUGCCCUUACAUUUUUUUAGAAGAACGAAAUCCCUCCUUUCCUGUCGCCCCAUUCCUACCAGUGCAGGGUUGCCCUGCUGUGAUGUGACAUGGGAAGAGAAAACAGUUGAGGCAUUGAUCUUUUUAGUAUCCUCUCUCCUCUCUUGAGUGAUAACAAGCCAGAGAAGCCCUGAUGUACUUCCCAAGAGGAGCACUCCACAGUGGUGGCUAUAAUGUGACAGAUCUACUGGGAUUUCGCCUGCGGUGCCAAUGUUGUAGACAGCUACUGGGCUCUGUAGUUUUUCAUAGAUAGAUAGAUAGGAUGUGUCAACAAACAAACAAAGCUUGCUAAGAGGCUAAGACUAUAGAAAUGUUGCUGGGAUCAUGUAAUGGAUGAUUCAGUUGGAGAAAGACAAGCAGACUUGACUAGCAAUCAGUGGCAGGCCUGGGGUGGAUGAAACUGCUUCACCAUCUGUGAGUAGGGCCACACACACACACACACACACACACACACACACACACACACACACACACACACACACACACACACACACACACACACACACACACACACACACACACACACACACACACACACACACACACACACACACACACUGCCAGUCUGUCUUUAAUCUCUGAUUGACUGCCUGCCUCAGGAUCACGGCAGCUUAAUGAAACACAGUGGUCGCUUCCAUCACACCCGAUUGAACCAGAACAUCCCCCUCUGGAACACACACACACACACACACACACACACACACACACACACACACACACACACACACACACACACACACACACAGUCAUUGACCUGCUCAUUGAUUUUCAUAUUAAGCAUGCCCACAGUGCAUACACAGUAUACAGACACACACAUUGACAUACAUACAUGCACACACACAUAAUAGGUUACAACUACAAACUCUUAGCUAUUGUGCUCUGUCAUGACAAUGACUUUGCUUUCCUGUGUUUUUAUAGCAAAGCCUCAUCUUCAAUAAUUUGUUUUAUUUGUUUGUUCCUCUUGAUGUUAUUAGCAAUAUUAAUGGAUUUAUUUUUUCAGUAUUUAAGUGAUUCCUGAAUUGUGUUUUGCAACUGAAAGCUCCUCUAUACUUGUAGUAUUGUCUUGAUGACAUGACAACAGGAGGGUUAGGUUAUGACCCUUUUCAGACAUUAUGAAUUGUGUAAUGGAAUAUCCGUCUAAGCAUUGUUUUGCAAGCCCCUAUGUAUUGUGUUGUAACGUUUCAAACGCACAGUCGCCUUGUGCGAUGCCAUAGGGCACUACAGCCAAGGAAGAAUCAACCCGCCAACUGAUAAGCUUUGUAGUGAUAGUGGGGUGUCAGGUCCUUUUAGGCCAGAUUACUAAUGACGAAGGGUCACCUUUAACUUUGCGACCACAGAAUCAUGCUAAUAAAAAAAAAUUAAAAUGUUGAAUGCAAGUGAAAUUAUGAAUCAUGUCUGUCAAAAAAAGGAUGACUGUAUUUGAUAAUGAAAUUGAGUUUAAAAGCCUUAUGCCAAGCACAAUUAAAAGGCCGCCCUGGGAGUUAGUCUUGCUGUUUUUGGAAGUGGAAGUUUUAUCAGUUGAAUAAAUAUAUUUUAUGACUA